CUUUGCUCUCCACUUGGCAACAAACUUGGAUCUCCACUUCACUGAGAAAACACUGACCACGAGUAAAAACACAGAACUACUACCAACGACUGCCAACUACGACCAUAGACAGAUUGACUGGAAACAAGAGCGAAAGAAGAAGGCGCUGAGAAGAAUGGAGAAUCCCACGUCUGAAGAAGCUCACGAUACGGUGCCGAUGGAAGAAGACGAUGACCUGCGCUAUGACGAGACCUGUACGGUGGACCAUCAAGGCACGUCUGAAGAGGGAGAAGAAGGAGAAGCUCAAGGGAUGAGAGGGAUGGAAGAGGACGAGGUGGUCGGAUACGACGCGACCUACGCGAACCACUACAUCACGUCCGACAACGAUGGACACGGGCAGCUGGAGACACAGAACGGCGCCACCGGAGAACUCGAGGAUGACCUCGUCGACCAAGAUGAUCGUGAUCAUGAUGCUGGAGAUUCUGAUGACGAGCAGGAACUGAUGGAAGCCGAUGAAGAAGGUCAAGAAGAAGACCAUCAAGAAGAAAUUAUCGUCGAUCAUCAAGAACAGAAUGGAAUUGAGCAAGAACAAGAAGGAUAUGAAGAAGAAGAAGAAGAGCAAUGUGAAGAAGAAGAAGAAGAGGAGGAGGAGGAGGAGAUGGAAGAUUUACACGAGGAAGAGGAUCACGAAGAUGACGAUGAAGAAGUCGAGGAGGACGAGGAAGAAGAAGAGGAAGAAGAAGAGGAAGAAGAAGACGAAGAAGAAGAGGAAGAGGAAGAGGAUGAUGAUGACGAGUCGGUUGAUAAUCGAACGGAUGCGGAACUAGCAGCCAUAGCACUCGAGCUACAAGACCUUGAGCAAUCAGUUCCACUCUUGAAGACAUCAUACCAUCUACUAGACAGGCUAGGAGAAGGGACGUUUUCGUCGGUAUACAAGGCGAUCGACCUGCACCACCAUCUAUACGACAACACGCUCUGGGCGCCCGACGAGCCGGCGUCUGAUCCGGCUCCGCUGACGGUCUCCUCUGACGCCCGCUUCCAUCCUUCCACCUCCACCUCCUCCUGCUCAGGCUCGGUCAUCGGCGACCCACAAUCCUCGAGAUCUAACCAGCCGCCUGCUUUCACCAAAGAGUCCCUCGAAAACCUCUACCCUCCCCAUCAUCCUUUCGCCUCCGAUAACCCCUUUGACGCCUCCGCUGGUGACCAGGCUCGUAAUAAAUUCACCGAAACUCUUCAAAGACAUGCCCUCGAAUCUGGCAAACUACCUACUGCUUAUAAAGCUAAUUCUUCAUCGUCUACUUCUAAUCAUCAUUCUCAGCAUGAUCAUCAUCAUUCCCUGAAACCUAAGAAAAAAGGAAACGUCUAUGUCGCUCUGAAACGAAUUUACGUGACUUCUAGUCCUUAUCGAAUCAUGAAUGAGCUCAAACUAUUAUCCGAAUUGAGGGAUGCGGAACACGUAGCCUAUUUAAUCCAAGCGAUUCGACAUGAAGACCAAGUAAUAGCGGUGAUGCCAUACCGAAAACACCAAGAUUUCCGAGACUAUUACCGAAUAGCGCCGAUUUCGAUGAUCCGCAAAUACCUAUACUGUUUAUUCUCCGCCCUCAAAGACACGCACCACAAGGGGAUCAUCCAUCGAGACAUCAAGCCGGCGAAUUUCUUAUUUGAUAUCCAUUCGCAAACGGGGGUGUUAUGUGACUUUGGAUUAGCCGAACGAUUUGAGCCGAACGACUGGCACGGGAAAUGUUUACAUUCGUUACCGGACCCGAAGAACGAGAAUUAUCAUGGAAGGCUGAUGGAUCAACCGCAGCCGACGUACGAUCAGAUGCAAGAACAAUGGCGGAAAUGGCGGGCGAAGCUGACGCGAUACCGGGCGAAAUUUGUGGAAAGCAGGGGUCGCGGGAUCGAGGAUAUUGGCGAGCUCACAGAGACCAAAGGGUGGCAAGAGAUCUUCUCGAAAAGGCCGUUCGAGAACGAGCCUGAUGAAGCCGAGUUGGGUAACGAGGCUUCCUUCGAAUGGUAUGAGGCUUGGAGACCCGUCUCUAAAGUCGGCGGCCCUUGGGGCGCGGGUUAUGGGCCCCGCAAAUCGCCUAAUGACGUACCCCCCCUGGAUCGGGUCGGCUUUAAACGCGACGAUCAACGCCCUACUGCGAAGGCUAAUCGCGCUGGUACUCGUGGCUUUAGAGCUCCUGAAGUGCUCUUCAAAUGUCCCGACCAAACCGGCGCUAUUGAUAUUUGGUCGGUCGGGGUGACAUUGCUUUGCUUCCUUACCCGUCGAUUUCCGUUCUUUAAUUCGAACGAUGAUGUGGAUGCAUUGAUGGAAAUCGCGACUAUAUUUGGCCGAAGUAAAUUAGAGACCGUCGCGAUCCAUCACAAUCGAACGGUGAUCAGUAACAUACCCGAAGUGAAUGCGCCCCGAUUCAGCUCAUUACACACCUUAAUCCGAACGCUCAACCCGACGUUAUAUGAAGAAGAGCGAUUACGAACGAGUGGGGAAGAGCAAUUGAUGAUCAACAAGAUAAGCACCGGAACGGGAGGGACGACGAUGACUUCGGAGAGUGUGGUGGAUCGACUGACGAGUACGAUCUUCCAGGCCCAUCGUGAACUGAGUUCGUCGGUCGAAACGCUCGGCCAGGACCUUAAUCCUUACUCGGAACCCUGGUAUCUUCGCUCCGAACUCUGGUAUCUCGUCGAUCUGCUCAAACGCACCCUCGAGCUCGAUUGCACUAAACGCAUCACCGCCGCUAAUGCUCUUCGUCACAAAUUCUUCGUCCUCUUUCAGUAGUCUUUCUUCUUCUUCUCUGUUUUCAUCUUGUAUUUUUUUUCCCCUUCAUCAUCAUCAUUCUUAGGUCUUCUUUUUCUUCUCAAUUGUUUUUUCUAACUUAUUAUUAUUAUUAUCAUUGGAGUCAUCAUCACAUCAUACAUCAUUGUUGUUAUUAUUGUUGUUUAUGUAGUUUAAUUCUUAUCAGGGAAUGAUGUGACAGUUUCUUGGCAUCUUUUUCUUUUAUCUUUUUUCUUCAGCUGUACUGCAACUUGAAGUGCUGGUGUGUUUUGUUUCGG